AUGGAUGAUUUCUUAAAAAUUGAAAAGAUCGGUGAAGGGACUUACGGUGUAGUGUACAAAGGAAAAAACAAAAUUACUGGGCAGUUUGUGGCCAUGAAAAAAAUUCGUUUGGAGUCUGAAGAUGAAGGUAUUCCUUCUACAGCCAUCAGAGAAAUUUCGUUGUUAAAAGAGUUAAACCACCCUAACGUAGUGAAAUUAGAAGAUGUGCUCAUGGAGGAGAGUCGUCUGUAUCUCAUAUUUGAGUUCCUGGCCAUGGAUUUAAAGAAAUAUAUGGACUCUUUGGGAUCAGGGAAGUUUAUGGACCCUUCUGUAGUGAAGAGCUACUUGUACCAGAUUAACAAUGCCAUCCUCUACUGUCACAUGCGACGGAUCUUGCACCGUGAUCUCAAGCCACAGAACUUGCUGAUUGAUAAAACUGGAAUUAUAAAAGUGGCUGACUUUGGUUUGGGUCGAGCCUUUGGAGUUCCAGUGAGGGUUUAUACCCAUGAAGUUGUCACUCUUUGGUAUCGAGCGCCUGAGGUUUUGUUGGGCAGCCAAAGGUACUCCUGCCCAAUAGAUAUGUGGUCGAUUGGCUGCAUCUUCUCAGAGAUGUCAUCCAAGAAACCUCUGUUCCAGGGUGAUUCUGAAAUCGACCAGCUAUUCCGCAUAUUCAGAAUAUUGCGAACACCUACUGAAGAAAUUUGGCCCGGAGUCUCUUCUCUACCAGACUACAAACCAACAUUCCCUAACUGGACUACAUUCAAUUUGUAUAAUCAUGUACAAAACUUAGAUGAGGUGGGUAUGAACCUGCUCCAGAAGAUGCUAGUGUAUGAUCCGGUUAAGCGCAUCUCUGCGAAGGAGGCGCGACGGCAUCGCUUCUUCCGCGACGUGAAACUGCCGCCCGGCCUGUCACUGCACGCCGCCUACAUCCGCUGGGACGACCAGCCCAACGACACGCGCCAGUGA